AUGACGUCCUAUGCACCAAUCCAGAAGAACUGGCGCCACGGCAUUCCGUCGGAGCACCCACUCGCCAACGCCAAGCCGCUCCGCACCGUUCAUAUUCGCAACAGCACCAUCUCCGGCUACACCGACCACACGGGCUUUCACGAUCUCUCCCACCUCGAGAGGCGAAUCCAUGUGCAAAAGGGUGAUCUGUCGGUCGACGUGAACCUGCUGGAGGUCGCAGGGGCGAUCACGAUUCUCGCUGGCCUCGUCUGCGUCUUUAUUCCUUCCUGCCUGGCUGUCCUGACAAAGGCCAUGGCUUCCCGUGGUGGGCAGGCUGCCAUUGAGAUGGUGACACGCAGCGGCCGACGUGACCUCCUUGGCACGCGCGAGCCGGGCGUAUGGAAGCGCGCCGCGCUAAGCGAAGAGUACGGCUGCUUCGACGAUGGAGGCAAUGUCUGCGAGAGCGGAGCGCUCGAUGCCAUUCUCCAGGUGGCCACUGUUGCUGAUGGCGAGACGGCUUCCUCGACUAGCAUCCCCUCGGGCGUCUACUCCAAGGUGACCAAUCCGGACGACAAUGGCUCUCUGGUCGGAUGGACAUACUACUGUGCCGACAACAAUGCGUGCUAUUUUGGCGAGGCCGGCGGCGAGCCCGUCGAUCCCGGCGCAGGCUCUCCUGACCAAGAAGAGUACAAUGUCUGA